UAUAGGUAAAGGUAUAUUGUUUAUUUCUUUGUUCACUGUUUAAAUCUAUAUUUUGAAUAAAUUUCCAACAGAGUUGUCUUCAAGGCCUAAAAUAAACAAUAUCGCAAGAUUUCUCUGAAUGGUAUAAAAGAGCAAGCAACAUGCAGACAUCAAAGCCUGACGAGUGCGAAGUUUGCCUGGAUUUGUUUAAUGGUAAUGACAAAAGGCCUCGGGUCUUCCCCUGCGGCCACACCUUUUGUUCGCUCUGCAUCGAGAACCUUCUCCAAAAUGGCUCGGUGACCUGUCCAAAUUGCCGCGUCCAACACCGUGCCUCGAACGUCGCCAUCUUCCCGGUUGUGUUUAUCUUGGAAGAUUUCAUCAAGAAACGUAAUCCCAGCACAACUGAAAGACUAGCCGCUGGACAACCUCCUUGGAAGAGAUUCGGAAAGAAAAUCGCUAAAGAAAAGGAAGGACAAGAGGCGUCCUUUCGCAACCUUAGAAUCGCUUACAAGGCCAAGUAUUCUCAAUUAGACGAUUACGCCGCUUGCCUUUAUGAUUGGGAGUGCCAACAUCAGGAACUCGAUGCCAAACUUCGUGACGUGCUCGAGAAGCAGAGGAUUAUAAAAUUGAUGCUGGAAGAAGAGAAAAGAUUGGUAAAAGCACAACAGCACGAAGGCCGGGAACAACAAAAACUGCUGGACGUAGCAGUAGAAUCACUAGAAGCAGCCAACACGAUGCAGGAACUGAUAGCUGCCGUGAACGAGGCCGAGCUCGCGCAAGUUGUUUCCGAAAACUGGAUCCAGCGAAGCAACGAAAUGUUUCCCAAUGUCAGCGCCAUCCAGAAGUCUGGCAAAGCGCGCGCAGCCAUCAAGGAAGCCCUGGAUGUAAUCACAAGAGGCAUGGCUUGCGAAGCGACCCCUGAUCGCAACGCCGCCUUGGCCCGUGGCGAUGGCGCCAGAAUUCACGUGCCAAGUGCCCAAGAGGUCAUGGCAGAUCCUUCACUGUCUAUUCCUAAGAAGGUCGAAUGCAUUAUAAGCAAUCUUUCAUCGAAGCUAACAGUUGACCGCGUCCUGCAGAAAGACGGCCCCGCGAAGGCCCUCCUGAACGCUGGUGAAGCAUUCGCGGUGCAAAACCACCGCUCUGCCAGGAUAAGCCGAAUCCACAACGAGGUCUACGUCCAUCACCUGAAAGACGCGCGUGUUCCGGCCAGCGCCCACACAAUCCCGUUCCGAGAAAUGGCGACCUCCUUUGACCUGUCUUCCACUCUGGCCUUCCUGGAGCUAGUAUGGCAAGACUCACCGCCACGUCGAGUGCAAAUACGACUCUGCCGUGACAACUGGCUGGCGAAGCAGUUCUUUAUGAUGUGCACGGGGGAGAAGGGUCCCUCCUACGCCAACACAGGAAUUUUUAGUGAUGGUUAUAGGGGCUAUAUUUACGAGUGUAUACAAGGAGGAGAUUACGACGGGAAAGCGGGAAAGCCGAUCAUAACACCAAGUGGGAAUCCCAUGCCGAAAGUGCGAGAGCGCGCUGGGAUUGUGAAGCAUCGUGGCCCCGAAAACAGUACACAAUUUUCCAUCGUUAUAGGAGGUGGUCGAGCUAAUACUGAAGUUGAUAAGGUUUUUGGCUAUGUCGAAAAUGGCUUGGAAGUACUUAUGUCCGCAGCGAGUGCUCGGUAUGAAAGGAAAGCGAAUGUGGUCAUUGUUGAUUGCGGUGCGGUGAUACCUCUUUGAUCAUCUAUGAAAUCGUUUGAUUAUAAGUGCAGUUUUGUUAGGGAAUCCCUUUAUAAUUACUUAUAUAAGUACAGAGAUUGCAAAUAUGUCGAGAUAGGAAGGCUUUACUUAUAAAUAAAGUCAUCUCAAUCUUCAUACAAUAUUUAAAAGAAUCAGAAUGAGUAAUUUACCAUGGAAGGUGAAUGACCCUCCUAGUGUUCGUUUGAGGACUGCGGCAUUAUACUAGCAGUGCGACUCAAGGAAUACUAAAUUUCAGUGUUUAUGGAAGUAUUUUAUUAACUUUCCUAAACAGUGUUAUGCGUUAUGAUAGUAGAAUGGACAAGCUGCGAGAAUCAAGAUCUUUAUAUAGACCUUGGCAUGAGCUGCAACAUAUAGCGUGAUGAACAAAUGCAACCCUCACUGCAGGCCAACUGCUCAGAUAGGAAAAUCUCAGGCUAUCGCAUACAUAUCAAUAACCUUUAAAGACGGUGUAUUGAAAGUAGUGAAAUAAAACUUCUGAAGGCAAGGCAUCUUUUGAAGGCACCAUCUUCCAAUAACUCACACCUAUUUACUCAAAGUAUGGACAUGGACCCACGAAUGUCCUUGUCAUCAACCCCGUUGCCAUUAUUGCACUAUCAAGGAAAGCACCAAGAAAUCUCUGGGUUAACAUAUCCCUAGGAAAUGUGUAAGUUGUAUAUCUUCAUCAUAAUGGAAAAUUGAAGAUCUUCCUUAUGAACAAUCUGUCUGUAAGAAGUAAAAGAGAAACUAGAAAAAAAAAAGUUGUCCCACUGCGGAACCCCACUUCCCAGCCUAAAACAUGAGAUUGAGUUCACCAAACCUGGGAGAAUUUAUGAGGCCAAACAACCUGCAGUACAAGUUCCCUCAAACCCUGCCAGCUCCAGCCUCUGCUUCAAUGCCUGCCUCUGUUUUAGUUCCUGCUUUAGCUACAGCUUCAGUUCCCGCUUCAGCUCUUAUUUAACCAACAAGCUCAGUCAUUGCUUACGUACCAGCCCCAGUCUCUGCCUCACGGACAAGUAAAGGCCUGCUACAGAUGAUGAGUAGGGUGCAGCAUCAGCAUUUUGAACAAAAGAGCAGUUUACCUCAUUACAAUCUAUGGUAAAAUUUGAGAAUAAUCAGCAAACUUAUGUCCCACAAACACUUUAAGUGAACUAGUAAGAUUAGCAGUUAAAAGAAAUGCUAGUCAUAUUAAAUUAUUAGUAGCAUAGAUGUGAUUCUAUAGACUUAAGGCUAAAACCAAACUCAAGUCAAGCUGAGGCGCAGUGCAGUUUUAUAUAUAUGUACACUUAAUGUGCAACUACGGCCUUCUUAAUUAGGCCAAUAGGAGAUAAGCCAGACUGGGUAUACAUGGAUAACUUUUCCUGGCUUUUUGCAAAGCAUAUAAAUUGUUCUGUAAAUAAAUAUUAUAAUCCUAAA